CCUUACUCCGCCAUAGGGCUCCUCGACAACGCUGCUGCUCUGCUGCAGAACACCGCGGCGGCCGGUGGGCCCACCCUUCCAACGGACUCACGCGUACUUCGAGCGGAGCGCAGCCAGAGGGGGCCGCUUAAACACGUCGUUACGUAACAGUACCUUUCCGAUGACCGCACUCAUCUGUCUGCCAACGUGCAUCAACUGCUCCUCACACCUCUGCAACACUCCAUCCGCAACCAUGUCCCGCCUCGGUGUCGGGCACGCUGCAGGCACCAAAGGCGCGCACUACACCGCCAACCUGGGCAGCGCGCUCGUGCGUGGCGCCUGGGCCGAAUCCAACCCCGGUGCGACACCGAGCGGGGGCGCGCUGCCGUGGGGCGAACUACUCCGUAAAUGGGGCAAGCACACGGGUGGAAACACCGAGGUUGUUGGGGCGCUGAGAAGCAUUGCUGCAGCCGACUUGCGUCGCGGAUCCACGCGUGACGAGGUCGACGGGCCCGACGGAGCCGGACCAGAUGCGUGGGCGCACGGCGCGCGGUGGGCGCGCACCCCACUUUCGUCAACGGACGAUGUCAAGGCCGCAGUCCAGGGUUUAAUGGCGCUGCCGCCGACGAAACUCAGCGAGGCCGAGAGAAGAAGCGCUGCCCUCACAUCUGCGUAUGGAUUCUACGUCCUCGCCGACUACGACUCGGCACUGAGCGCGUACGGCUCGUUCGAGUGGACGAGCGAUGCUGCUGACGGCGUGGUCCCCGGCGACGCGGCGGUGACGGAGCGCGUCCGCGCCCGCGCCGUGCAGGGCAUGUGCUUUGAACUCGCCUCGCGUCCCGACACGUCGCUCGCCCUACAAUGUUACAUAGAGGCCAUCAAGCUGCUCGACAAACUCUCCUCCCAUCCCCUGCCCACCCCGGCAUACCUCCAACCCGCGAACGCGAACUCAGCCGCGUCCAGACCCACACCCCCAGGUGUCGACCAGCGCGAACUCAUGCGCUACCUCUCGACGGCACUUACCCGCGCCGCUGCCAUCGCCGCGCACACCUCUGAAUCACAUCUCACCCUCCGCAUCCUCAGAACGUACCAUGCCCUUGCAGCGGGGUGGCCGCCAACAUUCCGAGCGCGCCAGCGCCAGCGCAUGCUCAGCCUCUAUCUCGCGGCACUGUUCGAGGCCUUCCCACCAGCCGGUGCCACCGUCCCCGAACCAUAUCUUCUCUCGGGGGGCGUUGCGAACAGAACUGCGCGCGUUACAUGGCGUGCUGAGGUCGUCGAAGCGCUUCGCUACGGUCAGCGCCUGCUCGAGAACACUACGGCCUUCCCUGAGGCAGGCAAGCUCAACGUGCCCGUGAUUCAGUUUGCCGACCAGGUAUCCCUCUUCCCCGAUCACGAGCGCAGCCUCACCCGCGACGCGAUCGCCAUCCUGUGGUGGGCAACCAGCCUCACGUUCCAGAGCCAGCUUAUCCUGCGCCGCUUGACGUGCCUCCUCGCCACGACAGGAGAAACAAUCGAAGCUCGUCGAGUCUUUGAGCUAUAUGUUGACACGGUGUUGAAAGCACGCUUGGCCGAGAACCCCGAGUCGACCCUUGCACUGCAGCGUCAAACGACGAUCGAGGACGGCGAGCUGACCGACAACCCGAAUGACGAACCAAUCGACGCCAACGGCCACGCGAAUAAGGAUCCAGUUCUCCACGGAGAGAUGGACUCGAACAAGGACUUUGUGAUGACGCUGCUUGUCGGCACGCGAUUGCUCCUCAGCGAAAUUGGCGACGCCAAGGAGGCAUGGCGGUACGCGACGCUGGCUGGUGAUGCGGUCCGGCAAGGCGGCAUCUCGCGCAAGGUCGCAGCGCUCGUCGAGGAGAACAAGGGCGUGGUCCGUCAGGCCAUGUCGACAAAGGACGCGGAUAGAGUCGAGAGACCAAAGUACCAGGCACAGGCAAUCAACCAUCUGCGGAGGGCGACCGUUCUGGAUCCCACAUCAGCGAGAGCAUUUUAUCACUUGGCGUACGCUGAGGGCGCGGCGCGGUCUAUCCAGCCAGCUCUCCAGGCUGUGAGGGAGGCGCUCGAGCUUGACGAUCACAGUGUGCGCUCGUGGCACUUGCUCGCGCUGUUGCUCACUGCCACCGGUGACUGGGAGGGGGCGUUGAAAGCCUGCGAGGCGGGAGUCACAUUAUGGGAGGCGGACGACGAGGCGCUCGCCGCCGAGGAAGGCGACCUCCCCACGGUGAACGGACACGGCGUCACGCCACCUCGGCCGCUGCUCUCCCCACAGGGCGUCUUGAUCACUCCAACACCCGCACCAAUCCCCCAUCCAUCCCGCUUCCGCCGUCUCGAGAGCGUGAUCCAGCUCCGCAUGACGCAGAACGUCAUUACGGAGAAACUGCGCGGGCCCGACAUCGCCCUCGAGCAGCAGCAGGAGCUCUUCCUCUUCUUCUCGCAGAGAACGGAAAAGGGUGAGCGUGACGAGCGCCGCCGCUCAGGUACGAUCAGCACACGCGUUCCAUCAAUAAGAGGGCCAUCGCGCGGCUCUCCAGUCCCGGGGCUGGCGCCAACAGACGUGACAGUGCAGCCACCGAGUCCAACACGCGCCGCCACGCCAGCCCGGCCACCAGUAAACGAAAGCGCUGUUGAAGACGAGCCCCGACGACUCCAUCACAAGAAGAGCCUGCUUCCCAAGCACCUGCAUGUGCCGAGCGUCGCACGGUCACACUCCCACACUCGCAGCGCCAGCGUGCCGAGCACUACCCUGCGUCCAGAGUCGGUGCCGAAAUCCCGCGCGGCGAGCGCCGCAUCAGGGUCCGGCGCGCCGAGUAUCGCGCCCACCGCAGUUCACUCACACUACGCCGGUGCGGGGGCGAGAGGCCCACCUCCACCACCCGUAAAGCAGGUUGUGCGCCGCGCGCCUGAAGAAGAGCGCCUUCUCUCAGACCUGUGGCUGAUGAGCGCUGCGUCAUUCCGUCGCGCGGGCAAACUCGAACAGUCCCUCGUGGCUAUCGAGGAAGCCGAGACGCGGGACCCGGAAAACCCGGCGGUUUGGGUGCAGCUUGGGCUGUGGAAUCGCAUGGCCGACAAGGUCGAGGACGCGCAGAUGGCGUUCACCAAGAGCUUGCUGCUAAGACCCGACUACCCGCCGGGUGCGGUCGGCGUAGCGCGGCUUCACGUCACUGCAGGUGCCAUUGACCUCGCACACUCUCUGCUAUCCCAGCUUGUGCAGGAUAGGGGGUGGGAUGUGCCGGAGGCAUGGUUCACCUUGUCAUCUGUGUGCGAGCGGCAGGACCGGCACGCGCGGGCACGCGAGUGCCUGCUUUACGCUCUGCAGCUGGAGCGGACACGGACUUGCCGCGCCUUGCCAGACGCGCUGCCGCGCUGGAACGAGUAGACCGGGAUAGCACAGUACAUAGAUGUGUGCAUUCAAUAGUCACGAUGCAACAAUAUGGACGUCUCUUGUAGCCUCUGAGCUGCUAAGCGUCUAACACUGUACAUAGC